AUGACCGAUAACAACGUAAAUGCUUUUGUUGGGAAGUACGUGCUUACCCGUAUGAACGGCAAGGAGGUUGGAAAGAGUGAAGGGAAUGCCCCAACACUGCAGUUUGAAAGCGAGGGAGACAAGUUGCGUGUAUCGGCAAAGGUGGCGAACUCGAUGAACGGGGUUCUGAGUUACAAAGACGGGAAACUAACUGGAAUGCUUAUGUCAACGAUGAUGAUGGGACCCCCUUUUGAAAUGGAUGUGGAACGUGCCUUUGGUCAGGGCUUUGAGGGCGGAAUGCAUGUGAAACGUGAAGGUGGUACAUUAACGCUCUCCCACGGCAAUGACACUCUGGAGUUCACAGUGGACAAGAGUGCACUUGUGCGCUAG